ACUCGUUCCAUCUACAUCUCCUUUUGAAACGCUGUACAAUUCUGCCACUUCUAAUGGGAGAAUGUGUCCACCAAUUGCUAGGCAUGAGACAUUUCUUCUACUGAAUUGCAACCACCGCUUUUCUAAUGGUGUUUAGUUAAAUAUUGAGAUUACUAAUUGAUCAAAUAUACACAUCUCUACUUUAUAAGCAGCCCAGCCUGCCCAUGUUUACCAUCGAGGUUGAUCCUUCGAUGCUUGAAGUAGACAUUUGGCAUUGAUUGUAGUCACAUGUUUUAUGGGUUCAGCGGAGCUGGAGCCUAGCUAUGCAAUCUAAGGCUUGUGCUCUUUUGAUCCUGCUGAAGCACCUGUACCGCAUAAUGUACAGAACACAAAUUGCGUGUAGGUUAUGGUGUAGCUCUUCAUCUUUUUCAUAGUGUCAUAUGAAGCCUUCAGUUGCUGAUACAACAUUUCAAGAAUAACUUUUUAAAUGUGUUCUUGUCUUUCAGUGCUGCCCACUUGCCUUCUGUAUCCUGGCAGAUCGCGCACAUUCCUUAGGUGUAUUAUUGGUAGCUUUAGGGGUGGUUAGACAAUUAUCAUUGUCUCUCCAUCUGCACUUUUUGUCUCACAAGUGUUACUGGGUAGGUUUUUCUGUGAGAUAUUAUGUUGCCUAUAUGUUCUGAUUGGAUGUUUAGCUUCAGGCCUGUUGAAGUAAAAAGUAGUCUUCAGAUAUUUUGUAGUAAUGAUAAGAACAAAAUGUCCAUUCUCAUAGGUUCAUAUUUUGAUCUCUUGUUUCAGUAGCUUUGUUCUAAGGUCCACGGGAUUGUCUAACAGAGAAAGCAUCUAGGUUGUUUUAGGUAUUUUCCAAAUCUGGAACCUGUGGGCAGUAUUUGUCACUAGAAUAACUAGAAAUAUGAAAAUUGUUUCGGUACCAGUUUAUCGUAUCCCUCUAACUACUUUAGCCAUGCCCUUCAGAAUUAGAGGUUUUGGCACAGUACAGUUCCCCUAUACCAUUGGAGGUAAAAUUGACCUACAUUGCACAAUGUUUCUCCAAGGCCGCAGAGCUGUAGUUUACAGGUAUAUUAUGAGAACAUAGGAACACAGGUAGAGUACUAUGUGAUUAGAUAAAACAAGGUAAUGGUUAAAGUAGAAAGUCAAGACAGGGACAAUUUAAAUCUGCCAUUGAAUUGCAUACUUUUCAGUAGAAUAGUAAUAGUGAGUUCCACAUAUAUUGUCACGUCUAGAAAGAUUUUACGUGGAUCAUCUUACACGGGGUGUUCUGUCCAAUUGGUCCAGAAUCUCUCUGAUAAAGUAGAAAUAUUAAGAAGAUAUGUGUCUCUCAGAUCAUGCACUAUCACAUUAUAAAAGGGGUGCACAAGCUCCAGAAAUCGUUACUCUGAGCCAUUGUCUUCCCCUUCAAAGUAGGUCCAUAUUUAUUUCUUCUUUUGCUUCCAAUAUGGAUGAGCAUAAGUUAGGCUACAAGGGAAAUGAUGUUCUGCAAGAUCUUGAAAUACUGACUAUGAAUGCCAAAGCAGCCCAAGAGCUUAUAUUGAGAAAAAUACUUGAGAAGAAUCAUGGUACUGAAUACUUGAACAAAUUCAUGAAUGGGUCCACAGACAUUUCUGCCUUCAAGAGCCAGGUUCCAGUAGUGACAUAUGAUGUGGUCCAACCAUACAUUGCAAGGAUUGCAGCUGGUGAACCAUCUUCAAUUUUAUGCGGAGAACAAAUUGUAGAGCUGCUCAGAAGCUCUGGAACUUCUCGUGGUGAGCCAAGAUUGAUGCCAUCCAUCUCAGAGGAUCUUUAUCGUCGAACAUACCUGUAUAGUCUCAUCAUGCCUAUCAUGAACAAUCAAAUCUGCAGGUAUAUACGAGGCCUUGGUGAGGGCAAGGCGAUGUAUCUUCUCUUUGUAAAAGCUGAAACAUUGACAAACGCUGGCAUUCCAGUCCGAUCAGUCCUCACUAGCUAUUAUAAGAGCCCUCAUUUCUUGCACCGCAAACACGACCUGUACAACAAGUAUACCGGUCCUGACGAGGUCAUUCUUUGCCCUGAAAGUGAGCAAAGCAUGUACUGCCAACUACUUUGUGGACUGGUAGAACGCCAGCAUGUCCUUCGUCUUGGAGCAGUUUUUGCCUCAGCGUUCCUUCGAUCCAUCAGCUUUCUUGAGCAACAUUGGUGUGACCUAGUUAGUGACAUCCGAAUCGGUCAGCUCAGUUCCAACAUCACCAAUUCCACAUGCCGGUUGGCCAUACAAAGUUUUCUUGCACUGCCCAACCCUGAGCUAGCUGAUGAAAUUGAGGCGAUAUGCAGCUCUGAGUCAUGGAAGGGAAUUCUUGGCAAGCUCUGGCCUAAUGUUAAGUACAUUGAAGCUGUCCUUACGGGAACGAUGGCACAAUAUAUCCCCAUGCUUGAAUUCUACAGUGAUGGCAAGAUUCCAUUGGUCUGCACUAUGUAUGCUUCCUCAGAGAGCUACUUUGGUGUCAAUCUGAGGCCACUGUGCAGCCCAAAAGACGUGUCUUACACCAUCCUUCCAAACAUGGCCUACUUUGAAUUCAUACCAUUGGAGGAUGGUCGCAAGUUGAUAGAGGAUGAUGAGGUAGUGGAGAAUGACACGCUUGUCAGCCUGGUGGAUGUCAAGGUCGGAUGCUACUAUGAGCUUGUUGUCACCACAUUUUCCGGACUCUACAGGUACAGGGUAGGUGAUGUACUUCAGGUUACAGGCUUCUACAACCGUGCACCACAGUUCAAAUUCAUCUGCCGGAGAAAUGUGAUCCUCAGCGUUGAUUCAGACAAGACCAACGAGGAGGAUCUUCACAAUAGCGUCACCCGUGCCAAGGAAAUCCUGGAGAACCGAAACUACCUCCUCUUGGAGUACACUAGCUGCACCGACACCUCCACUGUCCCUGGCCACUAUGUGUUAUUCUGGGAGAUCAAAUCCACCUGUGAAGGCGCAACACCGUGCGUCCCUCUCGACGCCCAGAUUCUUGAGAGCUGCUGCAUCGCUGUCGAGGAGGCACUCGACUAUGUCUACAGGCGCUGCAGAGCCCAUGACAGGUCAAUAGGGCCGCUGGAGAUCCGGCUGGUUGAAGCUGGCGCCUUUGAUGAUCUGAUGGAUCUGCUGGUCAGCCAGGGCAGCUCCAUUAACCAGUACAAAACUCCAAGAUGCAUCGAGUCCGGUCCAGCGCUGAAGCUGCUCAAUUCCAGGGUCACUGGUUCGUUCUUUAGCCCCCGCGAUCCUGAAUGGACUGUGUAAGCUUUCAGGUUUAGCGAUAUGGUGUGCUUCCGAGGUUGUUUUCCAAACUCCGUUCACUACUGUAUGCUGAAAGGAGGAGUUUCUCUGGCCUCUCGCUUGGUUUGUCUGGCUUCAUUGUUCAGAAGCUUCUCUAUUAAAUUUAAAUAAUUUGAGAAGGUUCAUAUGAGUUUAUCGCAUACGCUUCAUCUUGUUUUCUUUGGUAUGUGGGUGGUGUAACAUUUUCUUUGAAACAAACACGCAAGAGAGCUGCCUAGCACUAUUGAUAAAUAUGAGUGGUGUAAUUGGCUAUA